AUGGCGUCCCAACUCCGGUGCAGCUUCGGGACCGCGCUUCAUCCCAAGUUCUCCCUGAAGGAACUUCUAUCGCUGGAGCGGCCGACGAAGGCGAAACUGCGAGCUGCACUCCCCUCCACGGCCUUGGAGGGCUUCGAGUCCUACAAGCUCCUCCAGGAUCUGAAGCGGGCCAGGAGGGCAGAUCUGGUCUGCUUGGUCUUCGAGCUCCAGUCUGAGAAGGUCAGGCAGAGUACGAGACAUCUUAACCUCGCCGUGAGUGCCUGCGCCUCUGGGCAACGCUGGGCACAAGCUCUGGCACUGCUUUGGUCCGCGGGGAAAUUGGGUGUGACGCCGAAUGUCGUCACGUUGAGUGCGGCUCUCAGCGCUUGCGAGCGGAGCAGCCGAUGGCAGCUGGCUCUUCGGGUUUUCCACCACAAGUAUGAACUGCAGGUGGUGCCUGAUGUCAUUAUCUACAAUUCUGCAAUCAGCGCCUGUGAGCGCGGGGGGCAGUGGCAGAAGGCCUUGCACCUCUUUGCCGAGAUGCCCGCUGCCGGUGUGAGUCGAGACACCAUCACUUACAAUGCCACCCUGAGCUCCCUCCAGAAAGCCGGACAGUCCCAAAAGGCCUCUGAGCUGUUCGACUCCAUGCCAGCCUCACAGGUUUCCCCAGACCUGAUCAGCUACAACACGACCAUAAGCGCAUGCGAGAAGAGUGGACAUUGGCAACAAGGUCUGCAUCUUCUUCAGGGAAUCAGCAGUGCUGGAUUCCGCCGAGAUGUCAUCAGCUACAGUGCUGCCAUCAGCUGCUGUGAGAAAGCCACCCGCUGGAUGAUAGCCCUCGAGCUUCUGAAUGAGAUGCCCCAUGAAAGUGUGCCGCCCAACAGUAUCAGCUACAACGCAGCCAUCAGCGCCUGCGAGAAAGGCGGACCCUGGCAGUUGGCUUUGCGACUUCUCGCGGCGAUGCCGCAGUGUCGGCUGUCACCAACCGUGGUCAGCUACACCGCAGCUCUGAGCUCCGUUGAGAAGAGAUCCCUGUGGCAGUUUGCCCUGAAGAUUUUCGAAGACAUGUCUGAAGCUGAAGUUACGCCUAACUCAGUGAGCUACAGGGUAGCGCUCUCUUCUUUCCAGAAAGCGGGGCAGUGGCAGCUGUGCCUGCAGCUGCUGCAGGCACUCCCAGCACCCGACCUCUAUGCCUAUAGCCUGGCCAUGAGUUGCUGCGAGAGGGGCCAUCGUUGGGAGGAAUCGAUUCAGAUCUGGGGGUCCCUGUGGCAAGCCAAGGUGACACCAGAUACUGUCUGCUUGAAUGCUUGCAUCACGUCCUGCUUUCGAGGUCUUUGGUGGCAGCAGGCCAUCAACCUUCUUCACACCAUGCCACGUGCCCAAGUCGCCGUGGACGUCGUCAGCUACAAUGCGGCCAUGACCGCUUGCACGAGAGGAAAGCUUUGGCAGCUGGCUUUGCAACUGCACUCCACCAUGCUGGAUGCGAAGAUGUCUCCGGAUGUCGUCACUUACAGCGCUCUCCUAGACUGCGUCCCUGACAAGCGCAUUCGGCGAGCGCUCCGUGAUGAGUUCCAACAAAUCGCUCUGCGUAAGGCUUAG